GGUGACGGCGGCUAUUUUCCAUAUCCCGUUGGGAAAAUGUUGAGGGGCGUGGCGAUUUGCUUCUUCGGGUUCGUUGGAUUCGAUUGCAUCACCUCGACGGCCGGCGAGGCCAUCAAUCCCACUCAUAACAUACCCAUGGCCAUUUUUGCCACGAUGCUCAUCGUAUUCUGUACCUACUUUCUGAUGAGCACCAUACUGACUCUAAUGGUGCCCUAUUAUCUCAUCAACCCGAUUACCCCAUUGACGUCCGCCUUUCAAUACCAUAAAAUGUACCAUGUGCAAACGUGCGUCACAGUUGGCUCGGUGCUGGCAUUGAGUGCAUCCCUGCUGAACUCCAUGUUUCCGCUGCAGCGCAUCCUUCGGGCCAUGGCCCAAAACGGCUUCAUGCUCAAGGGCUAUGCCAGUGUAAAGGGCUGGACAAAGUCAACGAUGUUGGCCACCUUUCUCUUCACCAUCAUUGCGGCUGGUACGCUGGUCCUCCAUUUCGAAUUCUUGAUACAGCUCUCCGUUAUGGGCGUCUUGCUGGACUAUACCAUCGUAGCCUUUGGCGUUGUUCUGCUGCAUUACAAGAAAGAUCGCAAAUUUGUGGAUGGGCCCGUGGAGGAAAUCAGCUUUAAAGCGGUGAUGCGUCAGAUUUGCAGUGGACGACACAGCAAGAAAGCGAACAUCGUGUCCGAUUAUAUAGCACGUUUAUUUCUAAUCAUUUUUGUCGUCUUCUCUGGGCUCUUCUGCUUGGCCUUCAAGUGCUUUACCAUCAUUAACCAGCUGUGGGCCAUUGUGCUGGCCAGCUGUUCCGCCGUGUUGAGCAUCGUCUGCAUUAUCAUAAUUGGCAUACAGCCAAAGUCAAGUGUCUUGUCGCCAUUCGAAACGCCUCUUGUGCCGCUCAUACCCUGCAUCAGCAUUUGGGUGAAUAUUUUUCUGGUGUCCACAUUGUCGUGGCUGUGCCUUGCGGUUUACUUGACCUGGAUGAUUGUCGGCUAUGCCGUAUACUUCGGUGUAAUUACCGCAGAUUUUUUAGGCAAAAGACUCAUCAGGAACAUGGCUAAACAGAUGAUUGACAGCUUCAAAUUUCUGGUGUGAAAUAUAUGUAUUUUCUU